CUUUCAUGAAAGCCACGAUAUGAAAACAUAUCCACGUAGUCAAUGGUCCAUUCUGCGAUAGGUGGCGAUAAUUCACUAAUAUACGAACCGCUGUGAAACAAGAAGAUGACGUCACAACAAGCGUCAUCAGUCAGCGUUGGGUCUCCUGAGUUUUGUUGCCCCAUCACACAGCAGUUCACCCACAGUUCAGCGUCUUCACAGUAAAAGAUGGAAUGUUCCCAUUAGUCUAAAAGCGAAGAAGAUAAAGUUUGUGAAAGAAAGUAAACAUGAAUGAUCCAGAGCCCUGCGGAAUAAAACUGGAAGAUAUGGAACAACAAAUAGACCUGAUAGAAGAGUACGAGGAGACUGAAGAACUGAUGGAAGAAGGGGAGAUGCAUCAGGUCAAAACUGAAGAAACAUCCCGGAGUCCCUCAUUGAAAAACGACAAUAUAUGUUUCACUUGCCCUCAGUGUGGAAAGGGUUUCUCAUUCAAGCAAAAUCUUGACCUUCACAUAAAAUUGCAUAAUGGAGGGAAGCCGUACACAUGUGAUCAGUGUGAGAAGAUUUUCACUAUAAAAACAAACCUGAUUGAACAUGUGAAAAUCCACACUGCAGAGAAGCCACACAUAUGUGAUCAGUGUGGGAAGAGCUUUUCACAAAAAGGAAACCUUAACGAACACAUGAAAAUCCACACUGGCGAGAGGCCAUUCCCAUGUGAUCAGUGUGAGAAGAGAUUCACACAUAAAGGAAACCUUAAUGAACACCUGAAAAUCCACACUGGAGAGAAGCCAUAUGCAUGUGAUCAGUGCGGGAAGAGUUUUGCACAUAAAACAAACUUUAAUGACCACAUGACGAUCCACACUGGAGAGAAACCACACACUUGUGCUCAGUGUGGGAAGAGUUACGCACGAAAAGGAGCCCUUAAUGAUCACAUGAAGAUCCACACCGGAGUGAAUCUGCACACGUGUGAUCAGUGCGGGAAGAGUUUCAGAAAAUCAGGGGUUUUUAAAGUACAUCUACUUACUCAUUCUAGAGAAAGACGGUACAAUUGUGACCAAUGCGGUAAAAGUUUUUUUAGAGCAGAUUUCUUGAAGGACCACCUGAAAGUUCAUACAAAGGAGAGGCCUCACAUAUGUUCCUUGUGUGGAAAGAGUUUCAGACAGACGAGUGCAUUAAAGAGACAUCAGAAAAGACACAGUGGUGUGAAGGAUCAUGCUUGCUCUGAAUGUGGGAAGGCUUUUUUUACAGAUAGUGCACUGAAAGUGCAUCAGUCAGUUCACACUCGAGAAACACCUUAUAAGUGUUCACACUGUGACAAGAGCUUUAAACGCUCAGAAUAUCUGAAAAUACACGAGAGGAUCCACACUGGAGAGAGACCUUAUCACUGCCCUUCAUGUGGGAAGAGUUUCACUCGAAAAGGAAACCUUAACGAUCACGUGAAAAUCCACAGCGGAGAGAAGCCGCACACGUGCGAUCAUUGUGGGAAGAGCUUUUCACUUAAACAAAACCUUAAGGUGCACCUCAGAGUCCACACUGGAGAGAAACCACACGUUUGUGUUCAAUGCGGGAAGAGCUUUUCAGGGAAAUAUUUACUCAAUGAUCACAUUAAAAUCCACACGGGCGAGAAUCCAUAUGCAUGUGAUCAGUGCGGAAAGAGGUUCACGUAUAAAUCAAACUUUAACCACCACAUGACGAUCCACACUGGAGAGAAACCACACACUUGUGCUCAGUGUGGGAAGAGUUACGCACGAAAAGGAGCCCUCAAUGAUCACAUGAAGAUCCACACCGGAGUGAAUCUGCACACGUGUGAUCAGUGCGGGAAGAGUUUCAGAAAAUCAGGGGUUUUUAAAAAACACAUGCUUACUCAUUCUAGAAAAAGACUGUAUAAUUGUGACCAAUGCGGUAAAAGUUUUUUUAGGGCGGAUUUCCUGAAGAACCACUUGAAGGUUCAUACAACGGAGAAGCCUUAUGUAUGUUCCUUGUGUGGAAAGAGUUUCAGACACACGAGUGCAUUAAAGAUACACCAGAAGAGACACAGCGCUGUGAAGGAUCAUGCUUGCUCUGAAUGUGGGAAGGCUUUUUCUACAAUUGGUGACCUGAAAGUGCAUCAGUCAGUUCACACUCCAGAAACACCUUAUAAGUGUUCACACUGUGACAAGAGCUUCAAACGCUCAGAAUAUCUGAGAAAACACGAGAGGAUCCACACUGGAGAGAGACCGUAUCACUGCAUUCGGUGUGGGAAGAGUUUCACUCAUUUAUCAUCUCUAAUCCGUCAUAAAAAAGAAAUGCAUGUCUGAAAUUACAAAAACCUUUAGUUUGAGUUCUGGUCCUGUACUCUGGAACAAUUGUUGAUAACCGAUUAAUCAAAGGUUGUUCGAACAAUUUAUCCACUGAUUGUUAAUUAUGGUUUGUAAGAGAUUAGAGAAUGUCUUCGUUUCACUGUUUUUAAUAAUGUUGCAGGAAAAUGUUGUGAAGCAGUACUUUUCUAUUGUUUUUGCUUUGGUAUAAUAACAAUAUCAGAAAACAGCUGGAAGUGGACGCAUUGAGUAACCAGCUGAGAAUGAACAGACAGAGAUUAGACGUGAUGGAAGAGGACGAGGAUGAUCUGAGUGAAGCGGAGCUGAAACAUCAUGCCAAAACUGGUCAUACGAGUCUCUUAAAGUGGAAUCUCCUAAACAAACAAAGUCUUAAAAUUCUCAUGAGAGUUCAUAGUGGAGAUGUAAGAGGCAUUUCACAUAGAAAAGAAACCUUAUUGGACACAUGAGGAUCCACAUUGGAGAGAAGCCAUAUACAGUGGCAUGCAAAGGUUUGGGAACCCCUACCAGAAUCUGUGAAAAUGUGAAUAAUUUUAACAGAAAUAAGAGAGAUCAGACUAAAUGCAUAUUUUUUCUAUUUAGUACUGUCCCGAGUAAGAUAUUGUACAUAAAAGAUGUUUACAUUUAGU